AUGGCAGAUAUGGGAUCUAGAAUGGUAUGUGACAAUGUGUGUGGCUGCACAAUUCCGUGUGCUGGUGGUUCCACUUGCAGGUGCACAGGGAGUGAAUCCUCAAGUGAAGUUGAUCACACAACAUGUUCUUGUGGGGAGCACUGUGGUUGCAACCCAUGCGCAUGUCCUAAGAAUGUUGCAGCUGGAACUGGUUGCAAAUGUUCCUCAGCUUGCGCAUGUACUUCCUGUCACACCUGA